UGCGACCAUUGCAGCUGUCGGCCAUUCUUUAACCGCUUAAAAACUGCAGUACAGUAACAGUAUCAACAAUCACAGAAAGCUCAGAGGUACCUAAGGUAUUAUUUUGCAGAGGGAUGGUUGAGAAAUUAGUGUUGUGCAUUCCAAGUCUUAAGUUGAAAGUAUCUGGUUCGAGACCCAUCUGGAGCCCGAUUCUGCGCAAAAGAAAUCAUGGAUGUGCAAAGACUAUACUGUUUGAAACACUGGGUGAAAUACUCCUCUUUUACGCUUAGUUUGGAAAAUUAUGUUGUUUUGACUAAUUCAUUGUUACUGCUGCAAAGUGACAAUCAUUUCAAGAAAAUAUUGUUUUGGGGAGUCCUUCAAGGUUUAGAAGCAGAUUAUUACAUUUCUUUUGGCUAUGAAAAAGAUGCUUUAGUAGGGAGAAAGUAUUUUUACAGUGAUGAUUGCCUGAACUGGAAGCUUCUUCCAGUUCCUCAAAGAGAACAUUUAGUUCUCACAGAGCUCUGCAAAAGACCAUUCCAGGGAGAUCCUGGACUUGUUGUGGAGGUUGUUGAUGAUUCCUCGGAGGAUAUCCCAGAUCAAGAUGCAUCAGUUUCUGCGGAAAUGGGAGGUGGUGAUGGUGAAACGGAGAUCGAAACAAACCAAAGCUUUGUGACAGAGAAUGAAAGAAAAUUAUCUACAUUGUCUGGCGAACAAAGUUUGAGGAAGAGUAAAGAGACCACAACAACCAGCAGCGAACUGAAAGAGGAGGAUCGAUUAGCAGCAACAGUCCAAUUGAUCUCAGACGAGGCUGCUAUUGUUCCGAGGGGAGGACUGUUUAAGCAAACAGACGGAACCUGUGUCCACAGUAGGGCUUUUGAGGGGAUAAAACUUGAAGACGCUGACUCCAUGUGCAGUUUUCAACACUAUCGAGCUCCUCGGCACGAUUACAAUACAAAUCUGAUGAUAAGAUGUGAUUACAACUAUGCACUCGAUUUCCUCGAUACUAUUGACAAAGAUUUGCCAGCAGACUGCUGGUCCGCCCAGUUGGUAGAGGGUGAUAGAUCUAUCAUCCUGCGUAGCCUGCACUGGCCGGGGUUGAUGUUCUUCCACUACCUGAAUGGUCCAGACCAUGGCUUCAUCUACGUAGGCCAAGGCCUUCGCAAUCUCGACAUACCUUUCAUGACUCAGGUAAAGAUUCCAAGUCAUCCAGUAAAUCUGCUGGAUGAUUCUUCAGAAGAAGAGAAUGAAGAUCCAAAGAUAAGUACAGUUACAGGACAAAGUAGACUUUCCAGAGGAAGUAGACCAUCAACGAGAUUAAGUACUAAACUUGACACAAAACUCAAUACAAAACUGAGCACAAAACUCGAUACAAAACCAAGUGAAAAACUUGGAACAAAACUUGAAACAAAACAGAGUGAAAAACUUGGAACAAAACUCGAUACAAAACAGAGUGAAAAACUUGGAACAAAACUGAGCACAAAACUCGAAACCAAACUAGGGACAAAGUUGAGUGUGAAAACUGAUUCUAAGAACACUGAAGCCUACAUAGGUUGAUGUUUUAUCUUACUUUUCUUUUAGAUAUUUGACAUCAUACUUGUAUUAUUAAAUUUGAAAAUUUUACUUCCAAAGUUUAAUAAGCAUUGGAUUUGGUUUGAAAUUGAAUUCUUGCCACUGAAACAGACACACAAGGUAAUAACCAAACAAUUACUGUAACUGUAUUUUAUUUACUGAUGUAGACAUGGAAUUUGUUAUCUAUUUACAUUGUUCGUAUAAAACUAUGCAGAUAUCUUCAAAAUU